CUGUCACUGACAUACACAUAUUAAACCUGUCCAGCGUGUGGACCAUGUAAACGCUUCCCCUUGGGAUUUCGGAUUGGAUUAAGCGCCCCGGCGUGUGUCGGAUUUGUUGUGCGGCUCCGCCCGGUGUGCGGUGCUUUGCGGUGCUGUGCGGUGGCGUGCUCUUCGAGCUGUGUGCACACAUCUUAGAGUUUUAUUGGUCUGCCCGACAGCGGCGAGAGAGGACUGGUUUCACCCCGCACGUAGGACAAAGGGAACAAGGGGGUGAAAUUAAGGGGAAAAGGAUACGUGUCAAAGAAGAGAAGGAUGAAAAUGGAUAACUUUCACCUCACAGUCGUCUUUGGGAUUUUAAUGUGGGGUUGCUGCUCGGCCCGAGUGGUGAAAGUGUCUCCUGGUCCAUUAAUCCGGGUGGAGGGUCAGCCAGUCUCCAUCCGAUGUGAUGUCUAUGAGUAUUCGGGACCUCGUGAGCAGGAUUUUGAGUGGAUGACGUCCAGGGAUACAAGUGCGGCGCGGCUGAAGAUAAUCUCCACCUUUGACAACAGCUACUCCCACCCAUCGCUCAGCAAGCGCGUUGCAUCGGGCGACAUCUCGGUGGCGAGGCUUGAGGACAACAAGGUGGAGCUGAAGAUCGCAGAGGUGAAGUCGCUGGACGCAGGGCUGUACUGGUGUCAAACGCCAAGUACCGACUCUGUCAUCAGUGGAAACUAUGAGGCUCAGGUCCAGCUCAUUGUCAUUCCCAACACCCUCAGCGUCUCCCCGCAGACCCUGCCCCAAGAAGUGCCAGAAGGAAGUGACAUCACACUCUCUUGCAAUGUCACCCGGGUGCUCACCCACCCCACCUACCUGUCGGUCACCUGGCUGCUGAAGACCGCCACAACAUCAGAGGAAAUCCUGACGUUUGGUCCACAGGGUGGUGUCACCACAGGGGCAAAGUUUGCGCGGCGCUACGCCGAUGGAGGCAUCCGACUCGUUCCUGGGAAGAAUGGAGUGUUUGAGCUGGUGAUAUCCAGGGUGAUGACGUCCAACGAUGGGACUUAUGAGUGCAACGGAACAGAGUGGACGCAUGAAAACGAAGACGGCGGAAAGUGGAUAAAGAUCGUGGAGAGUACAAAGGAGAUGGGAACUGUUAAAGUCAUUCCAACAGGUCAGUCCCUCAGUGUGAAAACUACGUCCUCGUCUCCGUCUCCGCUCCUCUCCCCCGGCGACACACUGACCCUCCUCUGCUCCGUCGGUGCCAGCAACCUGCAGGCCCUCGCCCUGGAAGUGACCUGGCUGGCCGGCGACCGUGACAUCGUCACCAUGGAGCGCAGCGGGGUUGUGAUCUCAAACGCGUCCUCAAGCACGGUGCAAGGAAAGCGAGGUGACGCGAGCCUGGAGAGAACAGGAGCCGGGGAGUACAGGCUGUCUGUGAGGGGGGUCGGUGAGGAGGACGGAGGAGAAUACACCUGCCGAGUCCGAGCCUUCAUUGACAAAGGAGGAAAGAGCGCGGGAGGAGGUGGGAGGUGGCACAUGGCAGCUGAGAAGAAGUCCAGCGCUGUGACAGUGAAAGUGUCUCAGAUCAAGCCAAACUUUACGCUGACCCUUGAACCCACCCUCAACCCACUCAUGACAGCUGAACCCACAGAGCUGGCUUGCCUGGUGAGCAGCAUUGCCCAUCUACCCCUGGGAGGUCGCCUUGGUGUCACAUGGGAGUACACAACACUUCCUGGUGCAGGAGGUGGUCCUCAGACCUCGCAUCACAUUGGCUCUCUGGACGGAAAUGGCAACUUGUUGCCAGGGUCGACGUACUCUGACCGUCUGAAGAGUGGCGCGUUGUCUCUGACAAGAGUCCAGCCCAACACGUUCAAACUGCGUAUUCUCCGCACACAGGAGAUCGAUAUGGGCCAGUAUUCUUGUACUGUGUCUGCAUGGAGCGCCAGCAGCCACGGUGACCUGGUGAAGACCACUGAGUACAAGAGCUCUGCAGUGACUGUGCGAUGGGAUACUAAACGUCCAACUCUAAAUGUCAUGGCCAAACGUAUCCGCGAAGCCUCUGUGGGCGGGGCCACCUUUGAGAUGAGCUGCAUCGUGAGCCCUGAGAACCUUGGCGAGGCAGGCUACUCGGUGCUCAUCCAAUCACAGGAGAGCCUGGAGAGCAACGUGAGAACCAUCAUGACUCUCAGCCCGGACAAUGUCCUGCAGCAUGGUGGAGCUACGGACCCCAACAGGAGAGACAGUUUGGUUCUGGUAAAGUCCGGUCCGGCAGAGUUUCGGUUCCGCCUGGCGGGUGUCCAGCUGUCCGACAGAGGUUUCUACUGGUGUGACAUCACUGCAUGGACAAAACAGCAGCCAGGACAAACUUGGACCAGAGCUACAAGUGCCGAAUCCAACAAAGUCCGAAUUGACUUUCAGGAAAAUGGUGACGUCUCCGGAUCCUCGCCAAAGACUGAUGACCUGGCCUAUGAGGUGCGUUGGUUUUUCACCAGGCUGCGUGGUGGACAAACGACCAACCAGGUGGUGAGCGUCGACCGCUUUGGCGUGGUGAAGGCUGAGGCUCGUAACUCGUCCAGUGAGAUCUCAGUGGAGCGCAGGGACACGCACUCAUACCUGCUGAACAUUUUUGGCACUCAGGACAGUGACAGUGGCGAGUAUUUCUGCGUGGCCACGCCCUGGUACCUGUCCGCUUCAACGGGAGCCUGGACUCAGGCUGGAGAGCUGACGUCGUCCAGAGUCUUCCUCACUGUCCAGUUCGCUGUGUGGGACUCUCUAAAGUUACCUCUAUUAUAUGGUGCAUCGGCUUCCUUAGGUGUGGGCCUCUUCUCCCUAGUCCUGGGUCUCAUCUGUGCACAGUGCUGUUGCCGCAACACCGCACACACCCCGCGCUCGCGCAACAAACUGAUGGACCUGGAGAUGGACUGACAAACACUUUCCCCCGCACCCACACACUGCAGCAGCGCUCACAGGAAGCACCACGCACAAAACAGACACACACCCGUAGACGAUUUCUGGGACACGCAACUGUUUCCCAGUGACGGACGUUGGGAGUAAAACGAUGCGUCGCUUUGGAAACAGGAGCCUGAUCCCGAGGUGCUCAGGAUCUAUCAGUUCUGCAGUGGAGGAGCAGGGGAGGAGGGGACUAUAGGACACUUUCAGUUUUUUUUUUUUUUUACUAGCAGCAAUGGGCGAAAUAACCUGUUGCUCUGAAAAUCCAACAAAAUCUGUGGUGCUUCCAGUGAUUUUUACACGGAUAUAUUCACUCCCCAUUAGAACCAGAGCACUACAGGAGACUCUGAGGGACGCAGAAUUUUGGAGGAGACGUCACUGCCACUUGGGAAUAAAGGACCACUAAACUCACCUGCUGCCUCUGCACAUGAUGUUUCGGUAACUG